CGUCGCUUAUCGCGCAUGCGUAAAAUUAUCUAUCCACAUGUUUGCGAAUAAUUUUCGACGUGUCCUUUCGGCCGCCUGUCAUCAGAGAACUUUUACCAAAGUCUCUUUGGCUUCUUAUUCCCGUGUACAGCCAUCGAAAUUUCAGUUCGGAAAUUUUCGAAUUUCAGCAAUGGCCUAUUCAGGUGAACCUCGAGGUGCACCCAACUCUCUCGACUACCGCCUGUUCUUCAGGAACAGCAAUGGUCAAGUGAUAUCUCCAUUCCACGACAUUCCGCUCUAUGCUGAUAAAGAAAAUCAGAUUUUGAACAUGGUUGUGGAGGUUCCUCGAUGGACCAACGCCAAGAUGGAGAUCGACACCGCCGCUCCCAUGAACCCUAUCAAGCAGGAUGUAAAGAAGGGCAAGCUACGAUUCGUCAGAAACUGCUUUCCUCAUCACGGCUACAUCUGGAAUUAUGGUGCCUUCCCUCAGACAUGGGAGGAUCCUAACCAUACAGACGCUAGUACAAAGUGUAAAGGAGACAAUGAUCCUCUGGAUGUGUGUGAAAUCGGCAGGAAGGUUGCCAAGAGAGGAGAAGUUAUCCAGGUGAAGGUCCUAGGAACUCUUGCUAUGAUUGAUGAAGGUGAAACUGACUGGAAGAUUUUUGCAAUUGAUGUGACCGACCCACUGGCGAAAGACAUGAAUGACAUUGAUGACAUUCGGAGGUUGAUGCCCGGCUUUCUGGAGGCAAGUGUGAACUGGUUCAAGAUCUACAAGGUUCCCGACGGAAAGCCCCUCAAUGAGUUCGCCUUCAAUGAAGAGCCAAAGAACAGGGAGUUUGCCAUGGGCAUUGUUAACGAGACCUCAGGACAAUGGCAGAAGCUUAUCUCUGGCGAGUCAGAUGCAGGCAAAUUAAGCUGUCAAAAUGUUACAGUGGACUCCAGCAAGUACAAGGUGUCUGCCGCAGAGGCGCAGGCAGAAUUUGACAAGGCUGCACCUGUAGCUGAUCUUAUACCUAGGGACCCAGAAGUUGACAACAACAACCAUUUUGUGAACACCAAGGCUUGACUAUCUCACCCUGCUCAUCCCAAGAAAUGUGCCUCUUCUCACCUUUGACCCUGUUAUGUAACCUCUGACCCUGUUAUGUAACAUGCCUCUCAUGUUUCUGCUUUGUAUCUUCACCCGGUAGAUAUCCAUUUUUACUGGAUUCUUUGAUUGUGCUGUGUUGCUCAGUCAUCUGUUUGAAAGGCAAUUCUAUAUGGGCAGUAUGAAUUCUUUGUGAGAAGGGGAGGGUUAGGGGGCGGAUUUGAAGAUUAAAUUGAGGGUGGUCUUAAGAUUGCAUGUGUCUGUAGAUAAGUUAAUAGGAAAGGGUGAUUAUGUAUUACAUAAGAGAUAACUUGUGUAUUGGAAGGUUUUAGAAUAUUAUAAUCAAAAUGGUAACAAAUUGUCUCAACCUUGCUGAAAACUGCAAACAAUGAAAAGCACUGAAAAGCACUGAACACAGAUUUAAGUAUAUGGAACUACACUGACAAGUUGCAUCACAAUUUUAUCCAAAGUUUGAAACUGUUUUAAAUCUAAUAGCCGGGUAAUACAAAUUCUUUUCACGUGACAUGGUUUCUAUGGUACCCGUACCCUUGUAAAGCUCACAAAUUAUUACACUAGCACUCAAGGUUCUCUUUAUUACAGCUAUUUUUGUUAUAAUUUAUAUUGAAUUUCCACCUGUAGAAUCAUGCAGCAAAUCAGUGAUGUAGUCUAGAACUUGUGUUCCAAGACCUGGAACUACAUGCAUAGGAACAGGUCUAUAACACAUAGCUGGAAAUCUGUAUGUGUACCAGUAUAAGUGACAGGGAGCAUCAUGCAUCUUACAAUUGAAAGUAAAGAGUGUUAUUCAUGUUACCUCAAUUAAUUUUAGCUUUAUAUCUUAACCGACAUAUAAGGAUUUGCAGCUGAUUUAUAAAAUAGAUUGUGAUAUUUAUGAGUCAUGUCCUGGGUUCCACGCAAUAGACCAUUUUUGUUAUGUGUUACAUAAUUUCUAUGUAUAUGUAGGUCUUGGCUACGAUAGUUAAAUGAUCAAGUGCAAAUCCAAGAUAUCUGGGGGGCGUUUCACACAGCCUUUUAUCAAUGACAAAUGACAAAAAUCUGUGACAAAUCUGCUGAUAACCAAUCAGCAGCAAGGAUUUCAGUAGCUUUUAAAAAAAACUGUCAUUUGUCACUGAUGACAAGUUUUGUGAAACACCCCCCCCCCCCAGGUCUCAUUGUGUUCUCCUUGUGUCCAUUACCAUGUAGAGUCAAACCUGCUUCAGUGACCACCUGUCCACAAAGACCAUGUUUUUAGUUUUCCUUGAAAAUGGUUUCUCAUUGAAACAUGUACUAAAGGAACCUGUCUACAAAGACCACUUUUUGUGUUUUCCUGGGGGGUUUGACUGUAUUAGGUAAUGCUGAAAUUAUUGAACAUGAUAGCUACCUUUGACCUUCAUAUUUCCUCCC